UAACGCCGCUUAGUACUUCUUAUCAGGGUCUGACAUCGUCGCAAGACUCAGCCGCGCCCACCAACAAGCAUCGGAAACAACGGUGCGCCCUUAUAGUGCAUCGGCCUUCACCUUCCUUUUCGGAUGCGUCCUGUCGUCUGCAUCCGAUGCGCGAAGCCAGCAUUGUUGUCGUCACGUCUGUCACGUCGUCUGCUCGACCGUGGAUCGCGCGGAAGUGACGUCUCGGCGCAUGCGCGUCGCGGGACAAAAAGCGGCGAGUUUCGUCUGUCUGCACGGCGCGCAUUGUCGUCUGCUCGCCGCUCCAGACGUCUUCGAAAACCGACGACGAAUCGAACGAAGUGAUCCCGACGAGCCGAAACAAUACAGCUGUCUUCGCGUUUUCUACCGGUUGAUUGAUCGCGAUAUCCGAAUCCUUACUUCGGUGUUUUGUUUGUGUGUUUAUCGCCGAGUGUUGGACUAUACGAAGCCUGUGUUUUUACCGCAACGAAACUACGGAUGCCGCUGCUGCGUCUGGGCGCUCCGUAGACGUAGUCGCGCUACCAGCUGCGAUCGUGUUUUGCAAACACCUGCACUAUCACUGCUUUCGCUUCCAACGUUCCUCCGGUGGCGCCCGUGUGUGUGUUUACUGUCACCCGUUUUCUGCUGAAUGUGACGCCUCUGCUUCCGGUCUUGAAUCCUUAGCACAGCCUGGCUCAUCGAAACCCUCUGCAAAUUGUAACGGACGCGCGCAUUUCCGACUUGUGUCCGUCGGAAGCGAAACCGACUUCCGUGUCGACUCGGACCGACCGGCCGACGCCGUAUGUUGCCGGCACUGUAUGAUCAUCUGAAGUGACGUCACGUCUUCGAGGUGACGAACGCCGGCGCGCCAAUUUUAGUUUGCACCCUUCCGGACACGACGGUCGCCGCGCUUCGUUGCUGUUAUUCUGGUGUUUGUGUAUCGUGAGUGGCGCGCAAAACAAGAAAAGACAUGGCAGCGGUCGUGCAAAGAAGACAAAUUAGGAGGCCUAACGGCCCUUCGGGCAUCGCGGCCCCCAAGACAUCGACCAGCUGCAACAGUUCACGGUCGGGCUCUCCGCACACCGGCUCCUUCAUCCCGCAGCCGAAGUCGACAGUCGUCACAAGGGACCGCACCGCAAACAGCGACAGGUCAAGGCCUUCCUCGACCGCAUCCUCUUCGUCCAUCUCUCACCUUCCGGUGAAGAACGCUGGCGUUCCGGUGCGCCAGCAGCCGCCGGCCCAGUCCAACGGACCGGGCAACGGCCACCUGAUCCCCAAGGGCUCGCACAUCGCCUCCUCCGCCCACCACAACGGGGUCGCCAACCACAACGCCACCAAUCACCACGCUAGCAACGGCACCAGCAACAACAACUCUAUGCUCGACAAGUUCAAGUUCUUCAACUCCAAGGACAAGUCGCAGGACAAGAGCAAAGUUCCCAAGCGACCGAGCAGCGGCGGAGGCUUCAGCUCGGCGCGCAGCGAACGAAGCGACUCGUCCGUCAGCCUAUGCGGCGACGCUGGCUCACCCAACGGCUCGGCUUCGGGUUCGGAGGCCGCGGGCCAAGCCAAGACAUCGGACUCCGCCGUAGUCUUCAACGGGGGUUCGUCCAACGGACCCUCGGGAUGCCACAUCGGGGAACGACGUCGCGCCUUGACCACGGGGCCGGUGGUCAUUCAAAGGGCGGUGCCUCAUCGGCUGCCAAGGGUCUGGCCAAAAAGACUUUCGGCAGGACAGCCGGCAAACAGCAGCAGCCUGGGACGUCCGCUCGCCAAGGUGUCUACGUCGCAUGCAGGCUCUUCCGAAACCGUCCGUUCCGGUCUUCCCCGGUCCUCUCCGUCCAGCGAGACUCUCAACAGGACCGCUACGCGCAGGUCUAACGCCAGCGGUAGCGGGCACCCGCGACCCCUCAGCAGCGGCCACGAAAUCGCGUCGUCGCACGUCAUACCCGAAAAGUUCCCGUCCCCGAAAGCGCACGAGUCCAAGCCCGUACCGAACGGGACCAGCGCGCCCGAAGACAAGAAACAUCAAGAGAUGGAAAUAAACUCUGCCGCGCAAACUAACAACGUGGGAAGCGGCAUUCCCAAGCCCACAGCUGCCGUCAAGGGGACUACGAAACAGUCCAGGGAGGACUUGAACUUCCAUCGGUCUUGUUCAGCCGGAAAAGGUAAGAACGAAAUUAAGCAGAACGGCAGCGUUCCUACCAGUCCUGCUGGUGAUGAAAUUGCGGCUCAGAAGAAACACGACGUCGUCGACGUGGGCGAGGCUUCCAAGAACCCGCCUCUUGCGGACGACGGUGACUGUCAGAAGCAGCAGGAACAGAUUACGACGACGACGGCGCCGUCUUCAAGUGACGGCAGCGGCGGUGUCCGGACCGAGACUUUGCCCAAGAGCGACCGCUCCAAGAAAACGCAGGCCCAGAGCGUGAGCAUAGCGAUGGUAUCUCCCAUAAUGAGCAGUCAGCACUCCUUUAGCAAGGACUCAGUCACGGCGUCUUCCACGGAAUCCUCUCUGUCCACGGUUAUAUCGGUCAAGGAGGACAAGGCAUCUUCGGUGAUAGCCGCGACGACCAAUCAGACUCAGCAGAUUCAAGACAAUCGCGAAGGCAACCAAGACGUUCUCGUCAACGGUGGAUUGUCGAGGACGGGCCAUCAUCCGGAGAACAAUGUCCCGCAACAGGGCGUUGCUGGCGGUCAGACAGGGCCUGCUGUCCACGUCGGCGACCAAGUGCAGGUUAACGUUAAUGGCGAGUCGACCGGCACCAACAACGGUCUGGUGGGCGGGGUCGAGUCUACAGUGAAGUCUGUGCCCGCCGAGACCAAGCUUGUGCCCAGGGCCAACUCCGUCGACUCCUCGUGCGGAAAGGAGGGAGAGGAGAUGGAAGAGGCUCUUGCCAACAUCCCUCCCAUGCAGCCCCUGCCGAGGGCUUCGCCGUACGGCAGCGGCUAUUCACGAGGUCUGUCCGGUCACAGGGCUGCGAGGCUGCCCGCGUGUCUGCGUCUCCAGGCGGACGUGCAGCGUGUGGCGAAGAACAUGCUGGCCGCGUCCCAGGACAUCGCCCGGCUGUACGGCGCCCAGAGACCGACCGCCUCGGUGGCCCUGCACCACCCGGCGUACCACCACCAACAGCAGCAGCAGCUACAGCAGCAGCAGCACGCCGACUACGCCGAGCUGUCGGCCGGAUACGUGAGUGACGGCGACGUGCUGCGUGCGCCCCGCGCCUGCAGCACCGAGGAGUCUAGUGGAUAUGUAAGCGAGGGCGGCAUCGCCUCCCUGUACGCCGUGACGUCGCCCUGUCGGAGGCCCGCGCGCUACGCCAUCAGGGACCCCAAGCUCAUCAACGUCUUGCAGGACGACAGCAACGACAGCACCACGACUCUGGUCGCCACGAGCACGAAUCAGCUGUACUCGCCGCGGAACUGCUUCGACGACAGCAGCUCCAUCAGCAGCGGCUUGAGUGACACCUUCGCCGAGCUGAGCACCAACGACAACCUGACCGACUCGUCGCUCAGCUCGGACCCGUACGGAUGUCUCAAGCGGCGUCCCCACCACCCGGGCAUGGCGCCUUCGGGCACGUCCUCGGGAGCCUGCAACAAGGGCGUGCCGGACAAGUCCGGCCGAAAGUCGUCCGAUCACCACUCCUCCGCAUCCGCUUCCGCCGUGGUAGGUGGCGGCGGGAUGCUGCCCACGUCCAUCCGUAGCAGGAACGCCAACGUCAAGAAGACGGACAGUUCCAUGCAGACGGACUCGAGCGCCCUCAUGCAGCAGGGCGCGGUGCCGCCUCACCUCCAGUCGUCGGCCAACUGGAAGAAGUACAUCCAGCAGCAGGACUUGCAGCACCAGCAGUCCAAGACCAACUCCACGGAGUCGCUCAAGUCCAAGGAGAGCAAGAGGAGCGGCGGCCAGUCGUCGGGCAAGUCCGGCGGCAAGACGGCGGCGGACAGCAACCGCCACGAAGUGGUCCACUCCAAGGCAGGAGGCAAGUCCAGGACCGGUUCGUCUUCCUCCGGAAGUGGUGAAACCAAGCUGAGAUCGUAUUCCGCCGACACGGCCAUGAUCGGAAGCGACCUGGCAUUGGACAAGGUGCGCGGUUCCUCCGCCGGCAUGGGGGCGCCCGUCAGGUCUUCCGGCAUAGAGUACGCCUCCACGGCGGUAGUGGUGACGAACCGGAAGCUUCCGGGACGUCCGCCCAAUGUGUCCGGCUCGGGACCUCCUUCCGCUUGCAUGAUGGGGCCCGGGAAGCGUCCCUCCAGCACGGCGUCUUCCGGAAGCGGUCGCAGCGGCGGUAGUUGCCAGGGUAAGAAGGAGGGCUCGGCGGAACUGGAUCAGCAGUGCCGGACGUCGAGCCUGACGAGGACGGGCGAACUUCCGCGCGGAAGUAGCCGCUCCUCGCUCGAGCGCAAGGUCAAGGUGUCCGGAAGCACGCAGACGGGGCCCGGCGUCAACGACAUGUUCGUGUCGGCCCACUCGGACUCGGAGUACUGUUCCCUGGGCAGGUCGUCGGGAAAGCGCGCAAAGCAGUACAUUCAGACCGCCUUUGGUCCCACUGGUUCACCCGCCCUGGGCACCAUGCGCGAGCGCAUCUACGGGACGAGGACGCUACUCAAUGGGUCGCCGCCUUCGUACGCCUCCAAUUCCGAUUACGUUCUCCUCUCUGGAUUCCAGCACGGUACGGCCCCACUUCGAGAUCGACCGCGGCUGUCGGUGCCCUCGGCCAAGGGCUCGGAGAGCGACAACUACAUGACGCUUGACCACUCCAGCCCGUACGCGUGGCUACGGCACAGCCCGACCUCGGGCUCGGCGUCCGUCGCCUCGGCACCCGUGGGCCGGAGUCCGUUCGCAGCGGGCGCGGGAAUCGCCGAGGCCGACAGCAUGGAGUCCCUGUCUUCCACGGCGUCCAGCGCUCACGGACAGUGGUCGUCUGUGAUGUUAUCCCCCGGCGGCGGGACGCCCGACAUGUCCGGCCGGCGUCGCCGUCGCGCCGCCGACGUCAUCGUGUCCGGUACCGCCACCUGUCCCGGCCGCAUAGGCCGCUCCCUGGGCUCCUCUAGGUCGGUCAGCAGCAGCGCCCCGCAGACCCCGCCCGAAGAGGACGACGACGACUACGGCGGUUGCUGCCCCAGUCCCGCCCCGGAAUCCCCCGCAGCCCGAACCCCCUCCUGCCCCCCGUCGCCCCUGGGGCGACAGGCUGCCUCGCGGUACAUGUACCUGUCGUCGCCGCUGCACAGCGCCGCCUCCAUGGGUACUCGCAACUCGAUGAGCAUGUCCCACUACGCGGGAGGCCUCGUCUCCAAGAUGGCCAACAAGGACGACGACGCCCACGGUUCGUCCCUGUCGCUGGUCUCCACAAACUCGUCGCUGUACUCAACGACGGAAGAGAAGCAAGCCCACGAGAUCCGCAAGCUCCGCAAGCAGCUGGACCAGGCCAACGAGAAAGUGGCCACGCUCACCUCGCAGCUCACCACUAACGCGCACAUGGUGGCAGCCUUCGAGCAGUCCUUGUCCAAUAUGACGUCACGGCUUCAGCACCUCACCGUUACUGCUGAACAAAAGGACUCGGAACUGACAGAACUGCGCAGCACCAUUGAAGCGCUGAAGAAGCAGAGCGCCGAGGCCGGUCUCACCAAGAUGGCGUUGCAGUCGAUGGCGGCCGUGCAGCGAAGUAUGACCCCCGCUAACGGCGCGCCCCCUGGUGGUGGUGGUGGUGGUGGUUCGACUAACCUAGUUCGCCGCCAUACCUUUAACACGCCCAAGGACGCUGCCGCCGGUGCGCUUCAAGACCAGCAGAUGUCGCGCCAGCUGUCGGCCGACUCCAUGUCGAGCGUCAACUCGGCUUCCAGCGCCUGCAGCAAUGCCUCAACCAGGCACGAGGAGUGCUCCAAGAACAAGCACAAGAAGAAGAAAGGAUGGCAGCUUCGGAGUUCGUUCAGCAAGGCGUUCUCCCGGAGCAAGAAGAACCGGCACGGCUCGGUGUCGGACGUCGAAGACAUUCGAGCGCUCCACUCGGACUCGUCGACUCCCAACUCACCGCUGCUGGGACUAGGCAGUCCACCCUCACUGGUUGCCGCCAACGGCCUGCCGCACUCGCCGCCUGGGUGCUGCGCCGAGAACGGCGAGCUCUCGCACUCCAGCUACGCGCUCAACGAACACGAUGAAGAAGACGGCGGGCCCGAGCUGGUGCGCGAGCUGAGGAAACAGCUGCGCGAGAAGGACCUGGUACUCACCGACAUCCGGCUGGAGGCCCUGUCUUCGGCUCACCAACUGGACAACCUCAAGGAGACGCUGGCCAAGAUGAGGAAUGAAAUGCUCAACCUCAAGCAGGACAAUGACCGGUUACAUCGGCUAGUCCGCAGUCAGUCACUGAGUGCGUCACAGAGCUCUCUACCUCACCGGACCAGCAUGGACAUGCUCGACAAGCGACUCAGUGCCCACGAAAUCUCCUCCGCACUCGACCUUCACGAUGGCAUCGAUGGUUCUGUCCCGGAAGGCAAGCGCGUCACCGUCACUGUUCACCUGGUGUGUCACGGAGACGUCGAGAAGUGUCUCACAAAAUGUGAGGCACCAGAGGAGGCCCUGAUUGGCUCCUUGUACGUGAGUGGCAAAACCAAGUGGGAUAACCUCGACAGUGCAGUGAAGAAGGCAUUUAAGGACUACGUCCUGAAGGUGGAUCCUGCAUCGAACCUGGGCCUGAGUUCCGAGAGCAUACUCUGUUAUCACAUUGAUGACAUCGUCCGUUCCAAAGAAGCUGAGCUUCCAGAGCUGCUGCCUUGUGGUUAUCUUGUUGGUGAAACACUGAAGAUCCAAGUUGUGCUCAGAGGGACUGCACAGAAUGCAGUGGAUGCCCUUGCACUCCAGACGCUCAUUCCCAAGUCCGUGGUCCAGAGAUAUGUCUCUCUCCUGACGGAGCAUCGCCGGAUCAUCCUGUGUGGUCCAAGUGGCACAGGGAAGACAUUUCUUGCCCAGAAACUCGCUGAAUAUCUUGUGCUGAGGUCUGGAAGAGACUUGGCUGCUGGCUCUAUUGCUACCUUCAGCGUGGACCACAAGUCUGCAAAGGAGCUGAGGCAGUAUCUCUCCAAUGUGGCUGAACAGUGUGAAAACAGCAAUGCCAGUGACCUGCCAGCUGUGAUCAUCCUGGAUAACCUGCAUCAUGUGGGCUCCUUGGGAGAGGUGUUCAAUGGCUUCCUCAGUGCCAAGUACCAAAAGUGCCCAUACAUAAUUGGGACAAUGAACCAGGCCACCUGCUCGACAACGAACCUGCAGCUACACCACAACUUCAGGUGGGUCCUGUGUGCCAACCACAUGGAACCGGUGAAGGGCUUCCUGGGGCGCUUCCUGCGGCGGCGCCUGGUCGAGGAGGAGGUCAGCACGGGCCUGCGACUGGCAGAGCUCGCCAAGGUGGUCGACUGGAUGCCCCGCAUCUGGCACCAACUCAACCAGUUCCUCGAGACGCACAGCUCCUCCGAUGUCACCAUCGGACCCAGGCUAUUCCUUGCGUGUCCCAUGGAUGUAGCGGGCUCCCAGGUGUGGUUCACUGACCUCUGGAACUACAGCAUUGUGCCGUACCUCCUUGAAGCUGUUCGUGAGGGCCUUCAGCUCUACGGACGGAGGGCAGCGUGGGAAGAUCCUGCAGAGUGGGUCCUGGAGACCUAUCCAUGGCCCGGUCCAGUGUCUGAAGCUCCACAGCUGCUGAGGCUGCGGCCGGAGGAUGUCGGUUAUGACCCGAGCGCGGGCCCCAAGGUCGUGCCGGACCAGUCCGACUCAGAUGCAGAUCCCCUGCUCAACAUGCUGAUGCGUCUCCAGGAAGCAGCCAGCUACUCAAGCCCACAAACCAAUGACCCUGAGUCAGCUGACUUGGAGGCUGGAAGCGCUUCCUAGCUCAUUUUGAGCAGUUUGUAAACAGUAGACACGAAAUCGUGUUCCUGCACAUACUGUAAGGUCACCAGAUCGUCAACUACACGCUGACAUAACUGCUUUCUCUGCUUGGAAGAUGGGAAUGCGCAAGAUGUCCAGCAGUUCAUCGAGAUUCAUCAGAGCUUUGUACAUUUCGUUUUUUUAAUAUUUUUUUGAAGCCACGAACAAAAUGCUGCUGCUUCGUUGUUUCUCAAAGAAAAGCAGCGACACUCCUAGGCCUAGUCUGUUUUAAUGAAAAAGAAAAAGAAAUUGUAUUGAAGGGAUGGCAGAACUGCCUGUACAUACAGCCUCAAUUUGUAAAUAAGAAAAAAAAUCCUCUGCCUUUUUAAAAGUUAUGCGUCCCCAUCCCUCGAUCGUUUUGUACAGAAGACAAGAGAAUUGGAUGUGAAAAUAGCAGAACGUUGAGCGAGAUAUUCUUGUACACGCUUCUUUUAUACUGUGUAAAAACUUUGCUAAACAGUGUGCUAGAUUUAUAUUGUGGGAGAGAGCGAUAUUGAUGUGGUAUUCUGAAUUUCACGAGAAAGAUUGAUGAGGCAAAGUAAUUACAAGAUGCAUCACUUUGUUUUUCACAAGUGCUGAAAAGGUUGACAGGGAAACUAACACACACCGAACUUAGCUUGUCCUUGUUUUGAUAAAAACGUAAAGGCAUGUUAUUAUAACUACCAUGUGUGCAUCAGAGCAAAUAAAAUCGCACCGUCAGUUUUCAAGUGGGGGCUUUGUCGUCACAUCCAAAGUGUUUGAGUUUCUUGAUAAGCUCAGGUGUAAUAUUAGUGAUCGAUUUAAUAUCUGCUCCUAGUUGUACUUGAUACCAAAUAAAAUUAAUGUUCCGGUACAGAGUUAGGUGAACACUAAAAAAUUUCAAGUUGCUUGAAUAGAGUCGAAGAAAAACUAACAUGACCCAACGGCACAAGCAAGACUGCAUUUGCUGACUAGAUGAUGUCACUUUCACGUGCUUUGGCUGUUGCAUAAGAAGUGAAUACAUAUGAUUCAGAUAUAACGAAUAAUUGGUUAUAACGAAGUAAAUGAAUAAUAGCCUUGGCUUCAAUACAGCGUUAUGAAUGUAUGUUGAUACAAUUUUUUUCAAUAAAACAAAGCUAGCUUUGUUCCAGAUGCGACUUCAUUAUAACAUGAUUUGAGAGUACCUACUAUUUUUGAGCUUAUGCACCGAAAUACAUAAUUACCGUAAUGAGGAGACAAGCUUUUAAGGAAUAUGCACAACUGCGCAGAUUAAUGACCAUAGUGCUUACCUCUAGACAGUCCACAUGUAUUCGGACACGGUGUUCAUGGUGCUCUACAUGUCGACAGCUGUAACAAUAAAAUGGUGCCACUCGUACGUCUGAAGCAUUGACAUCAGGAGCAUGUGUUCGCAAGAACUACGCCUGCCUCACCUUAAAUUGGGCAAAUUUCAUUGUUUCCUUUAGCUGAGGAGGGCAAGGCGAGAAAUUGGCUGCGAUUUCAUGUUUGUUAUCUUCUAGUUUUGUCACAGACUAUAUUGUAUCUCUUGUAAAUUGUAACUUCCACUACAGCUGACAUCUGUAACCACCAAGAAAUUAGGACUAUUGCGGAGUCAUCCGUUUAAGGGGAGAUGUUAGCGGCAUGUGUAGAAUGGGAAUGUUUACGUUUACAUCUGUGAAUAAAGAAGUGGCAAAGGCGAAUUUCAGGGCAGCUCUCUCAGUUUCCGCUUUCACUGCGUUUAUUUAGUGUGUACAUCGUAGAUAUUCAACUAAUCUUUUUAAAAGUAGACCACAAAUUGCUCGCGAUACUUCUCUUAGUUUCUUGUUAAAAUUAUUAUAUAACUAUUAAGUUUUAUAAUACUGAAUGUGGUUAACAUUCCGCAACACCACGUGAUGAAGCAUUUUAUUUUGGGCAGCUUGCAUGUUUCGCACACACACAACUUGACACGAAUGCCGUUGCUUCUGCAGGAUAUCUUGCAAUGGAUUAUCGUCAUUGCAGAAUGCACCGACAUGCAGAUAGGUUGUUAGAAGCGAGACUGAUUACGUUUUUGUAAGGAACAAUCAAUUACCAGCCACGCAGAUAAAGAAAGGUAAAUAAUUGGAGCCAUGCAUGUGCUUAUGUACACCUAUAGAUUCAUGCUGUGGACGUACUAUGCAUUAUGCACCAAGGCUAGGUAUUUGAAAAUAUGUAUGCUGCACCUCUGUGAAUUGAGCAAUCAUUUCCAGUGCGGAUGUUUAUUAUAUAACAACGCUUGAGUGGUUAUGACUGAGUACGGCUAUAAGAGGUCAUUGCACUUGCACACUUGAAGUGUGUCUUUCUAAUUAGGCAUUAUUCAGCCACUCUAUUACUCUCGUUGUGUAGUAACCACUUCCUUGUGUGGCAUCACGCAUGUCAUUGUUUUCAUUCAUCAACCUAACUUAUAAAAGAUUGAUGCUGUGUUGAUCUAGUUUACACUGUAUUACCUCUGGCUGUUCAAGCAUCUUGUAUACUGUCCCCUGCAGCAAUUGUACAACAAAAGAUUGUUUUAACUGUUAACAAUCUUCCGUGUUUGUGAACCUGUUUUUGAGAUUGUGCAGUUGUAUCACUUAUGCUUCCGUUUAUAUUUGUAAAAACAUACGCUGUGCUUGCCGCUAAAAAAGAAACCUAUGCGGAUGCAAUGCUAUGUCUUAAAACAUCUACUCUCAGGUAUGCAUUGCAGACAAGGUGGUUGAACCUCAUUUUGCAGAAGCUUUAAAUGAAGAAACAUAUUUGAAAAUUAUUGUUGCCAACGUGCUUACCCUCUGCAUUUCUUUGAUCAAGCCCGGUGUUCUCACUGACAGUGGUGGAAUCUUAGAAAACAUCUGCUGAAUUUUAGGUUACCGCUGUACGUAUGGGUCCUCGCAUACCUCCUCAGGUCACAGUAUUGAAUGACUGUCUUGCGGACAGAACUGUACAUCAAUGCAUAGGAGCCAAUGCAGCAGUCUACAUAAAAAUGCAGAUUGGAAGGGCUUCCGACUCUUAUCGCCAUUAGUAGCCAUAAAAUUUUAUUUGAAGAGAUAACUUGUGGCUCCAUCAGAGCAAUGACCAGUUGUUUCGCAUUUUAUUUUUUUGCUCUAAAGCAGCUGUUUCUUGCAAUGAAAAGAAAAAGGACACGUGAUCAGCGUGAAAGAGAAAGUGAUUGCAUAAAGGAGAAAUGCUCCCGUUUCAUUAGCAAAAUGCUGUGUUGUCUUAAUUACUUCCACAGGACCUGUUCCUGUGCCUCUUUAGUACCCAUAUCAAGAGGGCAACAUCCCUCCUCAGCAUGUCAUCCCUGUCAUCCCUGUGCUUGUAUUAAACAUGGCCACAGUCAUCCAAAGUGAGCAGUGUCGUUGUGCCCCGUGAUGCUUGAAUAACCAUUGCUCCGUCAGGAAAACCUAGUGUGGAAGUGAGAUGUGUGAAGAUAUGAUUAAAGCAUUUUUCUUUAUGUAGAA